AUGAAGUUUCAAAAUCCCCUACAUGCCUCUUCUUUGGCUGGCUACGGUAAGGCCAUUCGGGAGGCCCCCCGAGAGGUUAUCUUCAACCGCCCUCUUCUUCUAUCAUCGCUCGUCUAUGCUUUUGGUGGUUUCCCAGUCAUCUGGGAUCAAGGUGCAUCGUCGGUCAUCCCAUCCCUUCCCGGUUUCCAGAACCACUUCCACAUCGCCUCCGGUACCAAUGCCGAUGAAAUCCGAGUUUUUGUCUCAAUCGUCUAUGUCGGCUUCGGUGUUGGGUCUGCUCUGACUUUCUUCAUCAACGAUAGGAUUGGAAGACUCUGGUCUUAUCGUCUUUACACCCUCAUCUACUGCAUCGGUACUCUCAUGGCUAUCUUCUCUCCAAAUCUCAAGGUUCUAUACGCUGCUCGGGUGGUGCAAGGAUUGGGUCUUGGUCCUCUCACUGUUACCUGUCCCAUGUCUAUUGUCGAGAUCGCGCCAGCAGAGAUUCGAGGUCUUCUCACCGCCUGGUUCACCCUACUCAUGGGCAUUGGGCUAUUUGCAGCAGUUUUCUGUACUCUGGGUGUUUAUCUUCACGUCCCAGUUGGAAAUCUGCAGUUCCAGAUUGUUUGGCUUACCCCAAUGAUACUUAUGGGCCUCUGUAUGGCGGCAACGUUCUUCAUCCAAGAGUCGCCUCGAUGGCUAUUUAUGGUUCAGCGGCGCGAAGAGGCUAUCACUACCCUUGUAAAGAUUCGCGGAUUGUCAAUCGACAAUGAGCGCGUCCAGCACGAGAUAUGUGACAUCGAGGACGACAUCAACAGGACAGCUGAGGCGGUAGGAAAUUCCAGCUUCUUAACAAUCGCUAAAGAGACAUUUACCAUCCCAUCUAACAUACGAAGGGUGCAACAGAGUCUGAUCUGCUACGCCCUUGCACAACUCUCCGGAGCCAACCUCAUUACUUCCUACUUCGUUCCCAUUCUAGCCAUCGUGGGCGUCAAAGGUGACACCUCUCACAGCAUGUUCCUCAGUGGCAUGUACGGAGUUUCCAAGUUCAUUUUCAUCUUAAUUGCCACGUUCCUCUUUAUUGAUAUCCUCGGUCGGCGCAAGUCUUUGUUUAUCGGUGCUGGUCUCCAGAUGGUGACUCAUAUCUAUCUCGCUGUUUAUGUUAGGAGCACUCAGCAAGGCGCAGUCUCCGAGGCUGCUUCCAAUGCUGCGAUUGCUGCACUGUUCGUCCAUGCCUUUGGUUACGGUGUUGGUCUUUUCAUUCUACCCUACGUGUUUGGCAGUGAACUAUGGCCGAAUCGCAUUCGAUCUUUUGGCGGCGCUCUCAGCCAGGCUUUUCACUGGCUUUUUAUAUACGCCAUGCAGUACAGUAUGCCCUCCAUCCUCUCUAGCUUUAACCAAUGGGGCGCGUUCGUCUUUUUUGGCGCUUGGUGCGCUGUUGCAAUUGUGUACACCUAUCUCAUGAUCCCGGAGAUUGCGGGACUGAGCGUUGAGGAAAUCGAAGAUCUCUUCAGGGGUCCUUGGUUCAACGCACACAAACGCACGAAGCAAAUGAUUGUCCAGGGUAUUGUCGAAAACGGCAAUGAAAAUGGCAACUAUGACAGACACAUCAAGAUGAAGCAAUACGACACCGCCAUCCGUACAACCUCGAACACCGACUAA